AUGCCGCCAACCCAAAAACCGCCUCAGCGCGUAAACGCCUCAUCAACAGGUACUUCAAAACGAGCAACAAUCAUCUUCCUCCAUGGCUUCGGCGACGACGCAGAUAGCUGGCUCAACAUAGCUCAACAAUUCCACUCCGCCCAAAAGCUCCCCCACCUUUCAUGGAUCUUCCCAAACGCACCACACAACCACGAAGCCAUGAGCACAGCAUGGUACACACCCACCGCUUUCUCGCCCAUCCCCGUUGGUCGCUCGAGUAAACCUGAAGAUGAAGGUGAAGAGGAUGAGUUUAAUGAGGAGGGUGAGAAUGAGAUUUUGGAGAGCGUGGAGUAUGUUUGUGGGUUGAUCGACGAAGAAGUUAAGAAUGGGGUGCCGGUUGAAAGGAUUGUGGUUGGUGGGUUUAGUCAGGGCUGUGCUGUGAGUCUGGCUUUGGGGCUGGCGAGUAGGUAUGCGGGCAAGAUUGGUGGUGUGGUAGGACUUAGUGGCUACCUGCCCCGAGGGCCGAAAAUCAGGGCUGGGAGGGAGCAGUUUAAAAAGAACGGAGAAGGAAAGGGAGCGAUGAAGAUCUUCUUGGUGCAUGGGACGAAGGAUAUGCUCGUUCCGAUGCGGGUGUUUAGGGAUACGAAAGCGAGGGUAGGAUAUACUCUUGGUGAGAAUGAGAACGAGGUGCUGGAAUGUCAUGAGUAUGAGGGCAUGGGACAUGUUACGUGUGGGCCGGAGUUUAGGGAUAUGUGUUCGUUUUUGGAGAGGGUUGUUCCUGAGUAG